GUUUUCUCUAUGAAGUCAAGUGGAUUAAUGUUCCAAGAGGUCAGAAAACAAUGAAUUGUUCAUCAUGGGGGACUUCAGAAUCCAGAAGUUUGAGCUUAAAAGUGGAUUUUCUGCCACAACAAUGCCACAGGAGCAAAACGUUGAGCUUUCAAUUCCAAGAACAGGAUUCAUCUUCGAAUCAUUCGGGUCAAUCUUCUACCAGACUUGGUUCAGCACAAUCCGGUGAAAUGUCUGUUCAGCAUAGUUCUACUGGUUCAACACCUCAGCACAGGUCAUUUAUGCAGAAUCAUGAUUUCACCUUCCCUCCUCCACUACUGGAUCACAGCCAAACACUUGCUCACUAUGCUGAUCCAGGCUAUAGCAACCUUAUGGCUUCUUCAUAUGUUCCACAGUCUAUGCCAGUGGAAGCUGCUCCUAUUAGAAUUCCUCUGCAACUGGACAUUAAAGAAGAACCCAUAUAUGUGAAUUCAAAGCAGUACCAUGCUAUUCUGAGAAGAAGACUGUACCGAGCAAAACUUGAAGUACAAAACAAACCCAUCAAGGAUCGAAAACCUUAUCUUCACGAGUCCCGCCAUCUACAUGCAGUGAAUAGAGCAAGAGGUGCUGGUGGACGCUUUCUCAACACUAAAAAGCUCCAACAAUCAACUCGUACUCGUGGAAAUACUGCAGAAUCUAACAUGCAUAAAAUAGAAAACUACAGAGAUGGUGAUAAUGCAACAUAUGCAUCUAACACUGCUGCAAGAAAUAUGCAGAAUUAUACAUCUGAUAAGGGUGGUGGCACCACUCAUCAGCAGCCUCUAUUUCUGUUGUUGAUUGAAUUGGAGAGUACAAAUAGUUCUUCAGCACAGAUCAUUUUCUCUAUGUCUAGUAAAGCUGCUUGUUGUUUUCUGUAA